UGGAAUCGGCUAAAGUGAUUGUUGACAGUCAUAUUUGUGAAAAUCAAAUUUGAUCAAAUAAAAUUUUCCGUCUGCGUAAGAUGAUCAAAAAAAGUUUUUAAAACGCUGGCAUCACUUUGAAUGAUAAGUAGCAUUGCCAUUUUACACAAAAAUGUUUAAAAUUUGCAUUCGAAAUCCAAACACUUGUUAUGUCAAAAAGAAUACAUUUUGAAAGAUAAAUAUAGAACCUAUAAUGUCAAAUUGCAUAUAAAAAAAAUUGCAGUUGAGGUGCCUCACUUUUUUCUCGUAUUGCAUUUUAUUUUUUUCGUGUGUUUCGCUGUAAAUUUUGUUUAUUUUCGUUUUGCCGGCAAAAGUUUUUUGUUUAUAAGUUUAGUGCAACUGAAUAAAAUGAUGACACACGCAAACAAAACACAAAUGAAAUUGAUGACGGAGUUCAUGGAGGAGAAUCCGGAUUUGGCCAAAUCCUUUUCUGCUUCUAACAUAAAUUCGCGGGAAACCCAAAGAAUGCUAUGGGAAAGGCUCACGUUGAAAUUAAACGUAAAUGGGCCACCCACGAAAACCAAAGCAGAGUGGAAAAGGAUUUGGACAACUAGGAAAUAUAGCGCAAAAAAAAAACUUAUUGAAAAUAAAAAGUCUAUUGCGAAGACAGGUGGAGGUCCAUAUACAGAACUGCCUUUAGAUAGCAAUGAGGAAGCUAUUAUACAAGUUUGUGGAAUCGAAGCAGCCGUAGCCGGAAUCGGUGGGGUUUCAAGCUUCGGCUGUGAUGAGCAAAUUUUAGAGACAGAAAUAACUGACCUCAUUGGGGACUCAACACCAUCGGAGCAAAUUCCCGAUUCCGCUCCCGCCCCCUCCUCGGUGAGCACAAAAAAUCGACAAAAACAAACCCCUAAAGAGGAAGAGGGUAUUAUUCUUGCAAGAAGACAAGUUGAGUUGCAAGAAAAAUUUGUUUCCGUGCAGGAAGAUAUUGGCAAAUCCCUGAAGGAAGUCACAGUGGCAAUCAAAGAUAUGAAGGACUGUGUUGCACUUUUGUGCCAAGAAAAAGAAAAGGAACGGCAAUCGGCCAAUGCCUUAAAAAAAGAAGAGCUCCAACUAAAAAGGAUGGAGAUCGAAUUAGCAAAGGCGGCCACAGAUCUUCAAAUGCUAGAGCUCAGAAAAUGAGAACAUCAAAUAUUAUCAACAAACUGCCUUACAAUCAACUAAGUGCUGUGCUUAAAGUUUAAGUUUUUUUUUUAUGAAGUUUUUGUUUUUUUUUUACU